AUGGCCGGCUCAUCAACAAGUGAAAUUAGCACCUUGGUAGCUGUUUUGUUCUUGAUUUUGGGGACUUGGGCAUCUCAAACAAUGUCCCGUUCAUUGCAUGAAGCGCCGUCCCUCAUGACCGAGAAGUUUGAACAGUGGAUGCUUCAGUACGUACGCACUUAUGAGAAUGACGCGGAGAAGGAAAAGCGUUUCAAGAUAUUCACGGACAACGUGAAUUAUGUGGAAAGGUUCAACAAUGAAAGGAACGGCACUUACAAAUUGAGCAUCAACAAGUUUGCAGACUUGACGCAGGAUGAGUUCCUUGAAAAUUUCACUGGCUUGAAGAUUUCUGCCCGCUCGAACAACCCAUCCAGUGGAUACAAGACGAGUUUCAGGUAUGAAAACGUGACUGAUAUUUCGACUCCCGUUGACUGGACGAAGAACGGAGCUGUCACCCCAGUAAAACAACAAGGUCAAUGUGGAUGUUGCUGGGCAUUCUCAGCAGUAGGAGCCGUGGAGGGAAUAACAAAAAUCAAAAGGGACAAAUUGGUCUCAUUGUCAGCGCAACAACUUGUAGAUUGCUCCAAAAAUGGCAAUAAUGGUUGCAGCGGAGGUCUCAUGGACAACGCCUUUGAGUACAUUAAACAACACGGGAUAACCACGGAAGACAAAUACCCAUAUAAGGAAAAUGAUCAGGGAGCUUGUCAAGCUAGUGAGAAUGCAGACGACUCGGCCGCUCAGAUCACUGGCUAUGAAGAUGUGCCUGCGAAUAGUGAGGAGGCAUUACAGCAGGCGGUGUCGAAGCAGCCGGUCUCCGUUGCCGUCGAUGCAACUAAUUUCCAGUUCUAUCCUGGAGGGGUCUUACAUGACAACUGUGGGACCGAGCUCAACCACGGUGUUCUUGCUGUUGGUUAUGGAACAACUGAAGACGGCACGGAUUACUGGUUGGUGAAGAAUUCGUGGGGAGAAGACUGGGGUGAGAAGGGCUAUUUAAGGAUUCUGAGAGGCAGUGGCACCAAAGGAGGUCUUUGCGGCAUUGCCAUGCAGGCCUCAUAUCCAACAAUUGAUCAAUGAAGAUAUCAUAUUAAUCUAUA